AUGGCUAAUGUCGCCAGCUUACCAUCUAAAGAUCUUGAAUGUGGUAUUUGUUUUGAACUGUUCAGAGAUCCAGUAUUGUUACCGUGUGGUCAUUCGUUUGAUCGUAAAUGUAUCACUGAUUAUAUUCGCAUUAAUAGACAACCGACUGUGAAUUGUCCUAAAUGUCGUUAUUUAUUCGACUCGCAUACUAUACUCAUUAAUAAUCGCAGUCUUUUGAAUAUUGUUCGAUCUUUUAAAUCUAUUCAACCAACAAGAGCAACAGUUUAUGAGAUCUAUUUGUUGGGUACAAAUACGUCUAUGCGGUAUUCAGAUGGGCUUAGUGGUUUAUUCGGUGCCAGUCGCCUAGAAUUAGCUGAAGCAUUGAUAAAAAACGUGCUCAAGAACAGGUAG